CUCUGUGAGGAACCAACCAAGAGGCUCAUCUCAGAGCUCAGCCAUGGUUGCUGCAGAAGUAAUGCCUGAGCCAAACCUUCAGGGUGUCUCUCGAAUGACAAGGGACACCAGUUUCUCUUCAUCUAGAAGAUUGGAAGGCAAAGUUGCCAUAGUGACAGGAGGAGCCAGAGGAAUAGGGGAAGCAACAGUGAAACUUUUUGUGAAGCAAGGAGCCAAAGUUGUUAUCGCCGACGUUGAAGACGCUCUCGGAUCUCUGCUCGCUGAGACAUUAUCUCCUUCAGUCACGUUCUUCCACUGCGACGUCAGCUCCGAAGACAACAUGAAAAAUUUAGUGCAAUCCACAAUCUCUCGGUACGGCCAGCUCGACAUAAUCUUCAACAAUGCCGGGAUCUUAGGGAAUCAAUCAAAGAACAAGAGCAUCGUGAACUUCGACGCCGACGAGUUCGACCGAGUCAUGAGAGUGAACGUGAAAGGCGUGGCCCUCGGAAUGAAGCACGCGGCGAGGGUGAUGAUUCCCCAGCGAUCUGGGUGCAUCAUAUCGACGUCGAGCGUCGCCGGAGUGAUGGGAGGGCUGGGUCCUCAUGCGUACACAGCUUCAAAGCACGCCAUAGUUGGGCUGACGAAGAACACAGCUUGCGAGCUGGGGAAAUAUGGGAUCAGAGUGAACUGUAUAUCGCCAUUCGGAGUGGCGACUUCGAUGCUGGUGAAUGCGUGGAGAAGCGGAGACGAUGAAGGAGAAGAAGGAGAAGGAGAAGGAAGCAUGAGCUUUGGAUUGCCUGUGGAAGAGGAAGUGGAGAAGAUGGAGGAGUUUGUGAGAGGAUUGGGGAACUUGAAGGGGGCGACAUUGAAGGCGAAGGAUAUUGCAGAAGCUGCACUUUAUCUUGCAAGUGAUGAAUCUAAGUAUGUGAGUGGUCAUAAUCUUGUUGUUGAUGGCGGAGUCACCGCCUCAAGAAAUUGUGUUGGCCUCUGAUCUUUGUUUGUUGAGUAAUUAGCUUACAAUCAGACCCUUCCUCAUUAAUUGUAUCUGCAAUAUACUAUCCGUCUCAA